CGAUCGGACGCGCCUCGUCACCGUCGUCGGUCGUCGUCUUCGUGCGUGACAUGUCGCCGCGGGUGGCACGCCGCCAAGUCUCGUGGCAACCCUCGCCGGAGCGGUGAUCGAAACCCGCGUGCGAAAUCGUCGCACGUGUCACUUGAAUGCCGCCGUCGCGUUGCGGGCCGCAGUUCGAAUGUCGAAGCAACAAAGGGCCCGUUCCCGAUUCAAGGUAAUCACUCCUCUAAGGUCUUUGGUUCUCUGUACUGAUACUAGAGAAAAAGACAUGGAGGAGUGGUUGACUUCAAGAACAACGACGGAGAAUCAUCCUCAAGGUGAUUCUGGGACUGCAGAGAUACUGGGAGGUAAUCAUCAGUUUUACGUAACUAGUCACGCUAGACCUACAUAUUGCAGUGUCUGCAGGGAUGCUCUUCCUGGUGUUACUUCUCAUGGUUUGAGUUGUGAAGCUUGUAAAUACAAGGUACACAAAAGAUGUGUUGCAAAAGCAAUAAAUAAUUGCAAGUGGACAACAUUGGCAUCCAUUGGAAAAGAUAUUAUUGAGGACCAAGAUGGGAACAUUACGAUGCCACAUCAGUGGAUGGAGGGGAACUUGCCAGUGUCCUCAAAGUGCUUCGUCUGCGAAAAGACAUGCGGUUCUGUACUUAGGCUUCAAGACUGGAGAUGCGUGUGGUGCAAAGCAACUGUACAUACAGCAUGCAGACCUGCCAUGAGUAUCAAGUGUCCAUUAGGACCAUGUAAACUCAGUAUAGUGCCUCCUACGGCUUUGCAUAAUAUAGGCAGCGACGAAGCUUGGGAAGCAGUUAGACCUACGGGAUGCAGUCCACUUUUAGUAUUUGUAAACAGUAAAUCUGGUGACAAUCAAGGUAUUAAGUUUCUAAGAAGAUUUAAACAAUUACUGAAUCCCGCACAAGUGUUCGACCUUGUACAAGGAGGACCAGGUCCAGGAUUACGACUGUUCCGGCAUUUUGAUCCCUUCCGGAUUUUAGUAUGUAGUGGUGAUGGAUCUGUAGGAUGGGUUCUUUCAGAAAUCGAUCGACUUGGAAUGCACGCGAGGCAAUGCCAAAUUGGAGUACUACCUUUAGGAACAGGAAAUGAUUUAGCGCGCGUAUUAGGGUGGGGUUCGUCAUGUGACGAUGACGCGCAUUUACCUCAAUUAAUGGAGAAGUAUGAGAAAGCGGGUACAAAAAUGCUAGAUCGGUGGAGUAUUAUGACAUUCGAACGCAACAUAUCUUUGUCAUGUCACAAAGUAGCUCAGCCGGACCCGACUAUAAAAUCAAGCAUAGCUCAUCAGUAUGAAGACAGCGUUCUUGCUCAUUUAACAAAUAUUUUGCAAUCUGAUCAGGAAAGUGUAGUUUUAUCUAGUGCCAAAGUUUUAUGUACAACAGUAAAAGAUUUUGAAACAUAUAUACUAGAAGCCAGUCUAAACACAGGGGACCAACAAUUGGGAGAAAAAUGUACAAUACUUCAACAAAAACUUGACUUAUUAUUGCAAACAUUAUCAAAAGAAGAAAGCUAUUUCUCCGAUAAUACGGAAGACAUUGACGUUGGCACUUUAAAAACUGAUACUUUUAGCGCCAUCCAAGAGAAAGGUGAUUUAGAAAAACCAGAAAAAGAAAUGACAAAUUUUAAAAAAAUUAAAAGAACAUGCUAUAUGGAGAAAGAUAUUGUAAUGUCCAGAGUAAAUAGUUUGAAAAAAGCUGUCAGGAAAUUAGUGGAACACGCAGAAACAUCUGUCGACGAGCAGAACAAUCCUUCAGAUGAGAAACAAAGCAAUCAGGCUAUAUGUCUACCAGUUGCAGAAUCCAGCAGCAUAGAGAUCUCUUGCCCAAGUUCUACUCCUAAUGUGGCAUUCCUGAGCCCAAUGCCGGAUUUAAGGAGAGACUCGCAACCCGAAGAAUUACUGACGCUUCCUGCACCCGAUAGUUUUGCCGACAGUAGACGAAACAGCGAAAACAUACCACAAGGAGUUCUCAAUUUUGACGUACCCGCAGUACAAACUAUCAGCGGUCAACAAGAAAUUCAAGCAGCUAUUAAUGAUAAUCUUCUAUUGUCCGAACCGACACAAAUAGAAGCUUCCUCUGACGUUCCAAUAACUGUGACAAAAAUCACUUUAGACACAAGUACACCGUCAGAUGAUGCGACUACAGUCGUAUCUCUCGACAUGGAUUCGUUUCAUUCUAAAAACAUUUCGCCAGAACAUGUGCAAAAACCUGCGAUAAUCAAACUAGAAACUAGAAGUAGCUGUACCAACAGUACAGAUAGCAUGGUUUCCGAAACUUUUGAUUCCAGGAGUUACACUGUGCGAAAUAGCACAUUGAGUGAAGUUGACAGCGAUAUAUUUGACUCUACGAGAAAAUGGGAAAACGCGGAGAUAGGAUACUACGACUCGCCGGAUAAUUCCGAUAUGCUUUCCAGUGAAAUUCAACACUCGGAAAGCGGCUUGGAAGAUUUGAGCUCCCUCAGACAGGAUGUUAUUAUGGGUGAUGUGAUAAUGGGGCAUGAUUCUGUCAGUGAAGGCUUAGAAUUUGAGGAAUCACAUAGAUAUUGCGGCUUAGCUCAAUUCAGCGAAGGGAAUGACAUUGGAAGAUACUCAUUUAAGAAAGGCAGAAAAAAUAUAAAGACGGAUAAAGAAGGAAUGCUAAGUAAAUAUAAAAUGGAGGGCUUAACAACAUGCGUCCGUGUCUCAGGAAUUAAGUCGCCGCAAUCUGUGGAAACAAACGUUGUACUUGAGACUACGUUUGAAACCUUUGAAAAGGAGAAAACAUCCGAUUUGUUGGGACCAGUAUGCUGUUUCCCCGUUCCGGACAAUACCAACGAAAAGUGCUGUACAAAUUUUCCGCCACAGAUUAGUGUUAUCGUUGAUCCACCAAGUCCAACGUUGUCAAUUGAGAGUCAUCACAAAUUUAAUUUAGAUUACAAAUUGGAUCCACAUGACAAGCAAUACAGUGGCAAUAGUAUGGAAAGACUAAGCGUAGAGUUACCCAACUCAGGCUUCUCUCCGCAAGCUACACGUCGUAUAAGCAGCGGAAGUUUGUUGAAGGCAUCAGAAGUUGUGUCGUUAAUGGCAACUACCGCUCGUUUAGGUGGCUCGAGUGUGAGCUUGCGCCACGAAAGAGCAAAAUCUGUAGACAAAACGGAGGACGUGAAGAAACUUCCUAUAAUAAAUCCUUUAGUUCGAUUGCCCAUGUGGCCAAAUGUAAGUGGAGGAGCUGGUCUUAUCAGUCAAGUUUUGUUGGCAAAUGCAGACGCUCUAUGUGCACCGGUAUCGCCAUUAAUGGAUCCAGACGAAACAUUGAUGGAAGGCUACUUUGAACGAUGUGUCAUGAACAAUUACUUCGGUAUUGGCAUAGAUGCAAAGAUUAGUCUCGAUUUUCACAAUAAGAGAGAAGAGCACCCUGAGAAAUGUCGAUCGCGUGCUAAGAAUUACAUGUGGUACGGUGUCUUGGGCUCUAAAGAGUGGAUACAGAAAACUUAUAAAAAUCUUGAGCAGAGAGUUCAAUUGGAGUGCGACGGUCAAAGGAUACCAUUGCCGUCCUUGCAAGGAAUUGUGAUAUUAAAUAUACCGAGUUUUAUGGGCGGUACAAACUUUUGGGGAGGUACAAAGGAAGGAGAUCUAUUCUUAGCACCAUCGUUCGACGACCGUAUAUUGGAAGUAGUUGCGGUCUUCGGAUCUGUUCAAAUGGCUGCUUCGCGACUCAUAAAUUUACAGCAUCACAGGAUAGCUCAGUGCCAAACAGUCCAAAUUAAUAUCUUAGGAGAAGAAGGUGUUCCUAUACAAGUCGAUGGGGAGGCUUGGAUUCAACCACCUGGUGUGAUAAAAAUUAUACACAAGAAUCGCAUGCAAAUGCUUUAUAGAAAUAGGGCACUUGAAACCUCAUUGAAAACAUGGGAAGAGAAACAGCGCAGUACAUUAAACGCUCAAUCUUCUAUAAACAAUGCAUCACAGUCUAAACCACAGUUGCAACUUUGCAAUAAGCCUCCUCAGUUGAAUGAUGAAGAAUUAAAUGUCCUAUUAAGUUUUAUUGAAACUGUAACGACCUUGGUCAAGUGGGUAAAACUGCUGAUUAUAUCACAUCCGACCUUGGAAAGAGAUCUGUACCAAGUAGCCUCGCGAACAGCAUACGCGCUUGAACAAGUACAUCCCAAUGGUAAAAUCUUGCAAGGGGUAAGCCUGAGACCCACGGUAACCGAAUUGGUAUCAAGCGCACGGCAAUUGUACGAAGAAUCUUGUGAAUUACUGCACGAUAAAGCACAUAACUUGAAAUUACGAGAAGAUUUAGGAAACAAGUUAUCUGUAUCUCUAGCUCAAAUGGAACAGCAAUUACGAAAAUGUACCUUUGAUGAAGGAGGCACAGGGCUGGUUUACUUGCAAAAUAUUCCCGCAGAUGAUCAGGGAGAUAAAAAAAAUCGUCAUCGAGGGUUAUUUUGGUUGAAGUGUCGUCGCACUGCUGGCAGCGGGGGUCCGACUCGAGAUCUGGUUACUACUUGGGGAGUUCCAGAGGUCUGUACGUGGUUGGAAAAUCUGCGACUGGCAGAAUAUACGGAGAAAUUCGUUGCUCAUGAUAUACGAGGUAGAGAACUGUUAACCUUAGCUCGUCGAGAUCUAAAAGAGUUAGGAAUCACAAAGAUUGGACAUAUGAAACGUAUUUUACAAGCCAUCAAUGAUCUGAAUAACUGAGUUCAGGUCAUGUAAAAUGUUGUCUCGAAGAGGGCGUAUUCCUCUGUCUCGUUAAUUGUAUUAACAUUUUAGGGCAAGAAAAUAUCUAUUUUCUAUGAAUUUAUUUCGUUUGUAUAUUCUUGCUCUAAAACGUUAUAAUUACAAUUCUCGAGUGACAUUAUGGGGAUUAAAUGGAAAGAAAUGUUGAAAUCUAUCUAAUGUUACUGCACGGAAGGAGACCAUCUUACUUGUUACUGUAUAAUAAAUUCAGCUUUGCACUUGUGAGUAGUCUUUGUAUGGAAGAAAACCAUUUUGCCUGUGUCGAAUUCUUUAUUAAAAAAAAUUGUACAUGUGAAAUGGUUUCCUUCCAUAUAAAGAUUACACACAAGAACGAAGCUGAAUUUAUUAUGCACUAACAAAUUUUCAGCGCAAUUCUAUUUAUAUAUCCGUAUAUAUAGUACAAAAUACGUGAUUCUA